GAAAAAAAUCACCAAUAACAGAUCUUAUUUUGCCGUUUUGUAAACCAGGAGCUAUUUUUACCAACUCAAUCCUAUACCAGCUCAACCUUAUACCAGCUCAGCCCUAUACCAACUCAACCCCAUACCAAACAAAAUCUGAAGAAAAACAAAAAUCACCAUUUCUUGCUGCUCAGAAAAAAAUCACCAAUAACAGAUCUUAUUUUGCCGUUUGGAAAACCAGGAGCUGGUUUUACCAACUCAGCCCUAUACCAGCUCAACCUUAUACCAGCUCAGCCCUAUACCAACUCAGCCCCAUACCAGCCAAAAUCUGAAGUAAAACAAAAAUCACCAUUUCUUGCUGCUCAGAAAAACAUCACCAAUAACAGAUCUAAUCUUGCCGUUUAGUAAACCAGGAGCUGGUUAUACCAACUCAGCCCUAGACCAGCUCAACCUUAGCCCUAUACUAACCACAAUCAAAAGAAGAACAAAAAUCACCAUUUCAUGCUGCUCAGAAAAACAUCACCAAUAACAGGUCUUAUUUUGCCGUUUAGUAAACCAGGAGCUGGUUUUACCAACUCAGCCCUAUACCAGCUCAACCUUAUACCAGCUCAGCCCUAUACCAACUCAACCCCAUACCAACCAAAAUCUGAAGAAAAACAAAAAUCACCAUUUCUUGCUGCUCAGUAAAACAUCAACAAUAACAGAUCUUAUUUUGCCGUUUUGUAAACCAGGAGCUGGUUUUACCAACUAAGUCCUAUACCAGCUCAACCUUAUACCAGCUCAACCUUAUACCAGCUCAGCCCUAUACCAACUCAACCCCAUACCAGCUCAGCCCUGUACCAACCAAAAUCUGAAGAAAAACAAAAAUCACCAUUUCUUGCUGCUCAGAAAAACAUCACCAAUAACAGAUCUUAUUUUGCCGUUUAGUAAACCAGGAGCUGGUUUUACCAACUCAGCCCCAUACCAGCUCAACUCCAUACCAGCUCAACCCUAUACCAGCUCUGCCCCAUACCAGCUCAACCCCAUACCAGCUCAGCCCCUUACCAGCCCUGGUCAUCUUAAGCAGCCCAAACAAAAUCCAUAGCAAGGACAAAUACACAACUGAAAUAAAUCCCCGACAAGAGUAUCCAUAUCCAUAUCCACAUUGUCUUUGUCUUUUGUGCUCUGCAUACUUCUCCAGCUACUCUUCGUUGUUCUGCUCUUCAGUGGCAUCAUUUGGCCAUGCUUAAGUUAAGCAUUGUCUUUGGCUUGCUGGCGUCAAUAAUCUGGCGGACAACACCGACAAAUUGUCGCCAGACCCACAAUCAAACGCAAAACAUCAAUCAAUUGGCGGCCAUCAAUAUCGAACGCUACAUGGAUGUGGACGAGCCAAAGCCCUGUGACAACUUUUAUCAAUAUGCCUGUGGCAAUUGGUAUCAGCAGCAUAUCGAUGAAAUGGAUUAUGGUGAUGUAUUGGGUUUAAUGGAUUAUGAAUUGAAUAAAAAACUGGAACAUUUGUUAAGGAAAUCUCCAGCGUCCUCCUCCUCCUCCUCCUCGGCGAUGCAUAGCGAUGAGUAUGUAAACACAGGGCGCAGCACAACUGCCCCAACCACCACAGCCGAAAGCACACGCUCUACCACACCCAUGGCUGGAUGGGAGCAGCUCUCUAGCCUCUAUGGCAAGAUACGCACCUAUUACAAAUCCUGCAAGAAGGUGAAACCCUAUAAUUUGAAGAAAUAUCUGCAGCUUAUACAGCCCGGCCCGGGGGUGCAUUGGUAUGUGUUGGCCAAGCAGGGUGGUCGCAAAUGGAAUGCCGAUAAAUUUGACUGGCUAGAGACCAUAGCCAAACUGCGUUUAUAUGGCCUCAAUGGGGUUCUGCUUAAGGAGCAGGUUCUGCCACGCUGGGAUGAAUCCUCCUCGAUGAGCAUAUAUUUGGAUAAGCCGGAUCUCUCGGAAACCUCGGCCAUGGGCGAAGGUGUCAUCAUAGAGCUGCUCAUGGACAUAGGCCAAACCAAGCGUUGGGCCAACGAAAUAGCCCGUGAGGUCAAUCGCUUUGAGUUUCAAUUGCACAAGCUGCAGGAGCUCGAGGACGAGGAGGGGCCCAAGGAAAUGCAGUUGAGCUAUUUGCAGGAGUAUAUGCCUCAAAUCGACUGGCUGACCUACAUCAGACAGCUCAAAGGACCCGAUACCGAUUUGGCCACCACUGUCAUCAUACAGAACAUACCCUACAUGAGAUCCUUGGUCAAGUUGCUCAACUCUGUGGAGCCUUCCAAUCUAUGCAAUUACAUCAUGAUCAAGUUCUUGCUAUAUCUCAAGACCCAAGGGCCUGCUGAAAUCUCCCGUCAAGAAUGCAUAGCCAGUUUGAGAAGAGCCAUGCCUUUGGCUUUGAGUUAUGUGGUGGGUCUGCAUUACUACAAGGAUGCCGAGCGCAAUGAUGCCCAAGUACUUCAACUCUUUGAGCAGCUCAAGCAAACCUUUCAUACCGUCUUGGAAGAUAAUCGCCUGCAAUUGCCCCAGCCCAUAGUGGAAACUCAGCUGCAGAAAAUCCACACCAUGCAAUUGCGCAUAGGUUUCGCUCCCCGCAAUAUAAGUGGCGAAUAUAUGAGUCAAUACUAUGAAAGGGUCACCUUGGAUGGCAACAAUUUCUAUGCCAAUCAGUUGAGCCUUUUGCGACUAACCGUGGAAAGAAGUCAUGAGACCUUGGAUCCUUUAACCAAUCAGGAGAUACUCAACGAUGAGUCUGUCAUUUCCGCAGAAUGGCUGGGUUCCUCCUCCUCGCCCUUGUAUCUGAAAUCGCGCAAUAUGGUGGUCAUACCCUAUGGUUUUCUCCACAUGCCCAUAUAUCAUCGCAAUCUCAAGGACAUUUACAAAUAUUCCGUCUUAGGCUUCGCCUUGGCCCAUGAGAUGUUGCAUGGCUUUGACUCGUCGGGCAUAGAUUAUGAUGCUUCGGGCAACAUCAUGGGUCCCAGUGAGGAAAUCUCAGCCAAUCAACGUUUUAUGCAGGGUCUUAGGUGUAUGCAAAAUGAAUUGGCCACCGGCUCACGCAGUCUCAAUGAAAAACUGGCCGACUAUGAGGGCAUUCGCUUGGCCUUCAAUGCCUAUUUUACUGCCUCGCGCCUUGGCAAUGAGACGCUGAUUGUUAAGCAUUUACGUUCGCGCUAUUUGAAUCAAUUUACCCCCCAACAGGUUUUCUUUAUAAAUUUUGCUCAAUUUUUCUGCGGCAAAGUACAUCCGAAAUUGACUCAUUCCGCCUAUUUGGAUCAUGCCAUGGAUGAAUUGCGAGUCUUGCAGACUUUGGCGAAUUUCGAGGAAUUUUCCAAGGCCUUUGGUUGUGAGAAACGUGAUAAAAUGCAAUCGCGACAUCGUUGUAGGUUAUGGUGAAUAAAAAAAAAAAAUUAAAUAAUAAGUGGCUUAAGUGUGA